UCGGCGAGUGUAAAUUGAACUUUUUUAAAAUACGCGCCAUUUCGAGAAGCACUGAUACUUUAAACGUUUUAUUUAAACUGACACUGUAAGUGUCUCUGAGGACAUUUCACACACGUCUCUGAAAAUAUUGUGAAAAAUUAUUUGCAAGUGAAGUGAAUAGAUUUGUGAAAAAAUUGACAGAAAGUACAAAAUGAUUGUAGAAAAAGUGUUGGAGCGUGCCACCAAAUCGGAACUGUGUAGUGUCCUUGCUCUGCUGCUGCUAUCGCUGAGCAUCUACACAUUGUACUCACACUUGCAGACGUAUCUCAGAUCAGUGCUGUUAUCACUACGUCUCCGUGGACCACCGUCGUUGCCCUUUAUUGGAAACUGCCUGCUGAUCAAUGAGAAAGAUCUGAUGAGAAAACGUGCCGCCAACGCCUUCAAUCUCUAUGGUUCCCUCGUUCGGAUAUGGGUGCUAUUGUUUCCGUUCUUUGUGGUUCUGCAGCCGGAGGAUCUACAGGUUAUACUCUCAUCGAAGAAGCACACGAACAAGGUGUUCUUCUACAGGCUGAUGCAUAACUUUCUGGGUGAUGGUCUGAUCACGAGCAGUGGACUGAGGUGGAGUACACAUCGUAAGCUCAUACAGCCGGCGUUUCAUCACAAUCUCCUGGAAAAGUUCAUUGAUACCUUUGUGGAUGCCUCGCAGUCGCUAAAUGAGAACCUGGAUGCAUCCGCCCUGGGCAUGGAGAUCAAUAUAGCCAAGUAUGUGAACAACUGCGUCGUUGAUAUACUAAAUGAGGCGGUGCUGGGAGUGCCCAUCAAGAAGAAGGGCCUGGGCCUGAUGGAGGAUUCACCUUUCCGCAAGGGAAAACUCAUGAUACCCGCUCGCUUCACGCAGCCCUGGCUGCUCCUCGACGGCAUCUAUCAGCUGACAUCGCUGGCCAGCGAUGAACUCAACCAGAAGAAGCGUCUCAACGAGUUUACCCGACAGAUGAUCAAGCGGAGACGCGAGAUUAUGGCCAAUGCUGGCAACAACAACGUGGAACGCAACUGCUUGCUGGACUAUAUGAUCGAAAUCUCCGAGAGCAACGUCGACUUCACAGAGGAGGACAUUGUUAACGAGGCGUGCACAUUUAUGCUGGCUGGCCAGGAUUCUGUGGGUGCCGCUGUUGCCUUUACCAUCUUUCUGCUUGCCCAGAAUGCGGAUUGUCAGGAGCAAUGUCACGAGGAGCUAGAGCGCAUCUUCGAGCACAGCAAUCGGGCGCCCACCAUAAGCGAUUUACGAGAAAUGCGCUAUCUGGAGAUGUGCAUCAAAGAGGCACUGCGUCUGUAUCCCAGCGUGCCGUUGAUCGCCCGCAAACUGGGCGAGGAAGUGCGUCUGGGAGAACACACCUUACCCGCGGGCAGUAACAUCUUCAUCUGCCCCUAUGCCACACACCGACUGGCGCAUAUCUAUCCCGAGCCGGAGAAGUUUAAGCCAGAACGUUUUGCCCCCGAUCAAGUGGAGCAGCGUCAUCCAUAUGCCUUCCUACCCUUCAGCGCCGGACCGCGAUAUUGCAUUGGCAAUCGGUUCGCCAUCCUUGAGAUCAAGACAAUCGUCUCCCGCCUGCUGCGCAGCUAUCAGCUGCUGUCCGUGCCCGGCAAGACAACAUUCGAGGCCACCUAUCGCAUCACCUUGCGUGCCUCGGGUGGCCUCUGGGUGCGACUAAAGCCGCGAGAGCUGCACAAUGAUGCAGAGUAGUAAUAGCAUAGUAUAGAAAACCAGCUCAAGUGAAAUGGAAUUAUAGCAGCAGUCGGAGCCUUAUAAAAUUUCAAUCAUUGGAGGCAUUUAGCAGGAAAUUCCAAUCGGAAAUCACUCCUUCACUUGUGAUGGAUCACUAAUCUGUACUUGCUGAUUAAUAUGAGUUGAAACUUUCCUGCUGAAUCAAAAAGAAGUAUUCAAGUAUCGUGAUUGAUGAUCAGAGUUACCAGCUUAAUGACCUUAAUGAUUGUGCUACUAAUUUGAUGGCAAUCACAAUUGAUUGCAUUUAAUAUGAUUGUAAGAAUUACAGUCUGCACUCAAUUGAAAAAAUAUGAUUCUAACCAAAUUUAAUUGCAAUCACAGUUGGUUUGAAUCAUUAGUUGAAACAAAAUUACUAUUAUCAAUAUUUUAUUCUAAAUUGCCAAUUUGCUUCUUUUCGAAGAGUAUAGGAAUCCGAAAGUCUUUGCGAUCAAUCUAAAAGGAAAUCAAAAUUUAUUGCAGAUAAAAAAUUUUACCAAUUUUAACAGUUUGAAUUCUUUUUAAAAAUUCUUCGGUUGCAAUCGAAAUUGAUUGCAAUUUCUUACGGCUCUCGCAGGAGUGAAACAUAGUCGAUCCUUUAGAGAUUUCCAGGACGCUUCGCUGGCUUCGUUUAAUUAACUUUAAUUAGUAAGGUAAAUAGUUAUGUAUAUAAAUCGAUAAAAAUAAUUUAAAUAUUGUAGCCUUCGUCUAGCCUAAGUGCAGUGCAUUUGACAUGUGCCUGUUGUUUGGGUGCAUUUUGGAUUCGGAUUUGGAUAAUAAUUAUAAUUAGUUCACAUCCAUCUAUAAACUAUAUAUGUAGAUAUUGAUAUUAUACAUAUACAUAAAUACAUGCACAUAUGUAUAUUCGAGUGUACGUGUGUGCGUGUGUGUUUCGUAAAGAUUGUGCUUUGUUUAAACACUGUACAUUAAAUAAUGAUUAUCAUAA